GCCGCGGUCGGAGCCAUUUCCCCGCCGCCGCCGCCUCCGCGCAGGUGGCUUUACUCUCGCCGUGUGUCUGUCGCUAAGGCCGAAGCCACGGACGGCCCUAAGAGGGCUGUGCUCUCGGGCACCAGGAAGCGGACGCCGGUCUGAAGAAUACACUUGAAUCAUGGGUGAUGUUAAAAAUUUUCUGUAUGCCUGGUGUGGCAAAAGGAAGAUGACCCCAUCCUAUGAAAUUAGAGCAGUGGGGAACAAAAACAGGCAGAAAUUCAUGUGCGAGGUUCGAGUGGAAGGAUAUAAUUACACUGGCAUGGGUAAUUCCACCAAUAAAAAAGAUGCACAGAGCAAUGCUGCCAGAGACUUUGUUAACUAUUUGGUGCGAAUAAAUGAAGUAAAGAGUGAAGAAGUCCCAGCUGUUGGGGUGGCACCCCCUCCGCCCCCAAUUACUGAUACACCUGACACCACAGCAGAUACUGGUGGAGGUUUACCAACAAGCAUGGGAGGACCUCUUCCUCCACAUCUGGCUCUCAAGGCAGAAAAUAAUUCUGGAAUUGGGGCCUCUGGCUAUGGUGCUCCUGGGCCCACCUGGGAUCGAGGAGCCAACUUGAAGGAUUAUUACUCUAGAAAAGAAGAACAAGAAGUACAAGCGACCCUUGAAUCUGAAGAAGUGGAUUUAAAUGCUGGGCUUCAUGGAAACUGGACCUUGGAAAAUGCUAAGGCUCGUCUGAACCAAUAUUUCCAAAAAGAAAAGAUCCAAGGAGAAUAUAAGUACACCCAAGUGGGUCCUGAUCACAACAGGAGCUUUAUUGCAGAAAUGACCAUUUAUAUCAAGCAGCUGGGCAGAAGGAUUUUUGCACGCGAACAUGGAUCAAAUAAAAAAUUGGCAGCACAGUCCUGUGCGCUGUCACUUGUCAGACAACUCUACCACCUUGGAGUGAUUGAAGCUUACUCUGGACUUACAAAGAAGAAAGAAGGAGAGACAGUGGAGCCUUACAAAGUUAACCUUUCUCAAGAUUUGGAGCAUCAGCUGCAAAACAUCAUUCAGGAGCUAAAUCUUGAGAUCGUACCUCCUCCUGAUGAUCCUUCUGUUCCUGUUAUACUCAACCUUGGCAAAUUGGCUCACUUUGAGCCAUCUCAGCGGCAAAACCAAGUGGGCGUGGUUCCUUGGUCACCUCCACAGUCCAACUGGAAUCCUUGGACUAGUAGCAACAUUGAUGAGGGGCCCCUGGCUUAUGCUACGCCAGAACAAAUAAGCAUGGACCUCAAGAGUGAGUUAAUGUAUCAGCUGGAACAGGAUCAUGAUUUGCAAGCAAUCUUACAGGAGAGAGAGUUACUGCCUGUGAAGAAAUUUGAAAGUGAAAUCCUGGAAGCUAUUAGUCAAAAUCCAGUUGUCAUUAUCCGAGGCGCUACUGGAUGUGGUAAAACCACGCAAGUUCCCCAGUUUAUUCUAGAUGACUUCAUCCAGAAUGACCGAGCAGCGGAGUGUAAUAUUGUAGUAACUCAGCCCAGGAGAAUCAGUGCAGUUUCUGUUGCAGAGCGAGUUGCAUACGAGAGAGGAGAAGAGCCUGGAAAAAGUUGUGGCUAUAGUGUUCGAUUUGAGUCUAUACUUCCCCGCCCUCAUGCCAGUAUAAUGUUUUGUACUGUAGGUGUACUCCUAAGAAAAUUAGAAGCAGGCAUUCGAGGAAUCAGUCAUGUAAUUGUAGAUGAAAUACAUGAAAGAGACAUAAAUACUGACUUCCUUUUGGUAGUGUUGCGUGAUGUGGUUCAGGCUUAUCCUGAAGUUCGCAUUGUUCUCAUGUCUGCCACUAUCGAUACCAGCAUGUUCUGUGAAUAUUUCUUCAAUUGCCCAAUCAUUGAAGUUUAUGGAAGGACUUACCCAGUUCAAGAAUAUUUUUUGGAAGACUGUAUUCAGAUGACCCACUUUAUUCCUCCACCAAAGGAGAAGAAGAAGAAAGACAAGGAUGAUGAUAGUGGGGAAGAUGAUGACGCAAAUUGCAACCUGAUUUGUGGCGAUGAAUAUGGUCCAGAAACAAAAAUGAGCAUGGCUCAACUGAACGAAAAAGAAACUCCUUUUGAACUCAUUGAGGCUCUGCUUAAGUACAUUGAGACCCUUAAUGUUCCUGGAGCUGUGUUGGUUUUUCUGCCUGGCUGGAAUUUGAUUUAUACUAUGCAGAAGCAUUUGGAAAUGAAUCCACAUUUUGGAAGCCAUAGGUAUCAGAUUCUACCUCUGCAUUCUCAGAUUCCUCGAGAGGAACAGCGCAAAGUAUUUGAUCCAGUGCCAGGUGGAGUAACCAAGGUUAUUUUGUCUACAAAUAUUGCUGAGACAAGCAUUACCAUAAAUGAUGUUGUUUACGUCAUUGACUCCUGCAAGCAAAAAGUGAAGCUGUUCACUGCUCACAACAAUAUGACCAAUUAUGCUACAGUUUGGGCGUCCAAAACAAACCUUGAGCAGCGGAAAGGACGAGCUGGCCGCGUACGGCCUGGAUUCUGCUUUCACCUCUGUAGCCGAGCUCGUUUUGAGAGGCUCGAAACCCACAUGACACCGGAGAUGUUCCGAACACCAUUGCAUGAAAUUGCUUUGAGCAUAAAACUUCUGCGUCUGGGAGGAAUUGGCCAGUUCCUGGCCAAGGCAAUCGAACCUCCGCCUUUGGAUGCUGUGAUUGAAGCAGAGCACACACUUAGAGAGCUUGAUGCAUUAGAUGCCAAUGAUGAGUUGACUCCUCUGGGACGAAUCCUGGCUAAACUCCCCAUUGAGCCUCGUCUUGGCAAAAUGAUGAUAAUGGGGUGUAUUUUCUAUGUGGGAGAUGCUGUUUGUACCAUCUCUGCUGCCACCUGCUUUCCAGAGCCUUUCAUCAGUGAAGGAAAGCGACUGGGUUAUAUCCAUCGAAAUUUUGCUGGAAACAGGUUUUCUGAUCAUGUGGCCCUUUUAUCAGUAUUCCAAGCUUGGGAUGAUGCUAGAAUGGGUGGAGAAGAAGCAGAGAUACGUUUUUGUGAGCACAAAAGACUCAAUAUGGCUACGCUUAGAAUGACCUGGGAAGCCAAAGUUCAGCUCAAAGAGAUUCUGAUUAAUUCUGGAUUUCCAGAAGAGUGUUUAUUGACGCAAGUGUUUACUAACACUGGACCAGACAAUAAUCUGGAUGUUGUUAUCUCUCUCCUGGCCUUUGGUGUGUACCCCAAUGUGUGCUAUCAUAAGGAAAAGAGAAAGAUUCUCACCACUGAAGGGCGUAAUGCACUUAUCCACAAGUCAUCUGUUAAUUGUCCUUUUAGCAGCCAAGACAUGAAGUACCCAUCUCCCUUCUUUGUUUUUGGUGAAAAGAUUCGAACCCGGGCCAUCUCUGCUAAAGGCAUGACCUUAGUCACCCCACUGCAGCUGCUUCUCUUUGCCUCCAAGAAAGUCCAGUCUGAUGGACAGAUUGUGCUUGUAGAUGACUGGAUCAGACUGCAAAUAUCUCAUGAAGCUGCUGCCUGUAUCACUGCUCUCCGGGCAGCCAUGGAGGCUCUGGUUGUUGAAGUAACCAAGCAGCCUGAUAUCAUCAGCCAGUUGGACCCCGUUAAUGAACGUAUGCUGAACACAAUCCGCCAGAUCUCUAGGCCCUCAGCUGCUGGUAUCAACCUUAUGAUUGGCAGUACACGGUAUGGAGAUGGUCCACGUCCUCCCAAGAUGGCUCGAUAUGACAAUGGAAGUGGAUAUAGAAGGGGAGGUUCUAGUUAUGGAGGUGGAGGCUAUGGCACCGGAGGCUACGGAGGUGGUGGAGGCUAUGGGGGUAGUGGAGGCUACGGCAGCAGUGGCUAUGGUGGUAGUUCCAGCUCCUAUCGGGGAGGCUAUGGUGGAGGUGGUAGUGGAGGCUACAGAGGGGGUUCCCGAGGUGGCUACAGAGGUGGAUCAGGAGGAGAUUACAGAGGGUCUGGUGCAGGAGGCUACAGAGGAUCUGGGGGGUUCCAGCGAGGGGGUGGCAGAGGGGGCUAUGGGAGUGGCUACUUUGGACAAGGAAGAGGAGGUGGUGGCUAUUAAAGCUUGGUUAUGUCAGUGCCUGUGCAGAGACAGUUUAAAAAAAAAAAUGCAUGCUACCCAUUUUCCCAAGUUGUUUAUUUGCUGCUGAUAAGUAAACCCAUUUUCAAGUAAAUCCAUUUCCCACACAUUCUGUGUUUCAUUGUAGUUUAAGGAAACUAAACAUAGAUAUAUUAGUGAUUUUGUUUAUAGUAUGUAAAAUAUAAUGAUCUAUUAAAGUACUACAGUUUGUAUUUUUUCUUUAAGGAGUACAGAUUUGCCUUGAACUUGAUAUUUUCUUGACUUUAGUUUAAUACAAUAGAAAAUAAAGUAUUACAUUGACUACUGGCCAUGUAGUUAAUUGUUGAUCUUAUACAUUAGAAUAAUUUUACAAUGCCACUUAAUUACAUCUGUUUGUUUUAAACAUCAGAAGAAAAACUGUACUUUGUUUCACACGUAGAUCAACUGAUGUUAUUACUUACAGUAGUUAGAAUAAAAGCCUUGGAAUGCAGUUGUUAUUCUUGCACUAAAAACUGGCCAGUACAUAACUGACAUGGACCUCUGUACCUGAAUAAAACUUUUGACUUAGGGCUGAACAUUUUUACUGUUUCCCAAGCUUUGUCUUUGAAAAACAUCUAAGACCAAGGUCAGCGUUCUCUUUUCUUAAAUUAGUUUCCAGUGUAAAAAUUAUUUUUAAAUUUUAAUUAAAAUUAUUAAUCCACAAUACUCUUGAAUAAAGAUUAUAUGUAGGCAGAGAACUAAGGUAAGUGAAGCUUCACAAAUGCAUAAAGUUUAGAUAUUUGACAAAUAACUACAUUAACAUGUAUUUCAAAGGAUAUUUGUUAAGCUAGUUUUAGUGGAGAGGUUUAUACACUUGUAACACUAUAGUUUUCCAAUAAAUUUUCACAUUUUUGAUUUCACAAAUGGCACAGUAUAGUAGAGAUUACAAAGUUUUUGUAUGAGAGUACUGAGCUCAUAUCUUAAUGCUGCUGACAUGUGAGUGAUCUUAGGCAACUUAUAUUUUGUGUUAGUCUCCUUUUCAAAACACUCUUAUUGUACAUAUGUUCUUUAGAUCACCUUCAGCAGUUUCUGUUGAUAAGCUGAUUAGUCUAAUUAAUUUCAGAUUCUCAAAUCUGUAUCUCCAACUGAGAUUUUCUUUCUGAAUAUCAGACCUAUGUAAACAACUGCUUACUGGACACACAUUUCUGUCCAGAAAUAAAAAAAACUUAAGUACUUUCCAAAGUGAAGAAAACCCCCUGAACUCACCCUAUGCUCUGUACUCUGUUCUCUGUUCAGCUGGGGUUUUUUGUUUGUUUAAUCACAGGAGUUUCAGCCUAAGCCAUAAAUAUCACCACAUCCAGUCAAUUGUACUUCCAAAACACCUUCCAAUUGUGUUACAAUAAACUAGCUGCCCCUGUUCUAUUUAGGCUAUCAUUAACUUGGACGUACAUUUAUGCAACAACCUCUAAACUGAUCUUCCUGCUUAUUUAGUCUUGCCUGUCUGCGGUCCAUUCUCCAUACUGCAGCUAGAUUUACAUUCCCAUACAAAUCUAAAAUCACCACCACGCCCCUCUUGGCUUAAGCCAGUGGUUCCUAUUGCCUUCGGGGUGAAGGCUAAGCUCCUUUUUUACGCCCUCACUCCUGCCUUACAUUCAGUUCCAUUCAGUAACCACACCGAAUUUCCAGCCUCGUUAAUGGUUUUCUUGUUUCCUUUGCACAUGUGAAAAAUCCCAUAAAAGGUAUAAAUUUAGUAAUGCCACACUUGACUGGUACCUAUUCCUCCAACUUCUUCAACUAGAAAUGAGAAGUCAAAAAUGACCAAAAGAGAUACCAAAUUACAUUCUCUGAAACUUGAAAGAACCCCUCAGGCAGGCAUAGUUGUGAUAUUACAGAAUUCAGCUAAAAACCUAAGGACAUUGCUAUGCAGAUUUCUAGAACCUUUCUGCAGCUCUGUCCUAUAUUCUGCCCCACAAAUUCUAGCUGUCCUCCUCAAACUCCAGUGUCUGUCUUUUACCUCAGUGAGACUUCUGUGCCCUGCUUGUUUCUUUCUCUGUCAUGAUUGAGAGUGCCUCCACACAAGGUCAAGGUGGUCUUAGGCUCAUCUAAUUUUUUUCCUUCUUUUGGGGAUCACAGUUCUACACUGCCUGUUGUCCAAUGUCUGAAAGCAGUUGAUUCAUAUACAUAAUAUUUUGUUGUCAUUUCAGCAGUCUUCACAGCAUCUUCAACAACCAGGAGUAAGUUCCAUCUCAAGAAACCACUGUCUUUGCUCAUCCAUAAAGAGCAGCUCCUCAUCUGUUCAAGUUUUAUGAGGUUGCAACAGUCCAGUCACAUCUUCAGGCUCCACUUCUAAUUCUAGUUCACUUGUUUUCACCACAUCUAGAGUUACUUCCUCCACUGAAGUCGUGGACCCUUUCAAGUCAUCCAUGAGGGUUGGAAACAAGUUCUUCCAAACUCUUUGUUAAUUUGAUACUUUGACUUCUUCCCAUGAAUCAGAAAUGUUCUUAAUGGCAUCUAGAUUGGUGAAUCCUUUCCAGAAGGGUAUCAACUUACCUUGUCCAGAUCUAUCGGAGGAAUCACUAUCCGUAAGACAAGUUGAAAUUACUUGUUGACCUGUGCUCUGAAGAAAGAAUGUUGUGUUAGCAGACAUAAAAACAAUGCACGUCUCCAUCAGAGCUCUUGGGCGCCCAGGUGCAUUGUCAGUGAGCAGUAGUAUUUUGAAAGGAAUCUUUUGACUACUACAUGUCAAAACAUUCAGUAGACCAUUGUAAACAGGUGUGCUGUCAUCCAGGCUUUUUUGUUCCAUUUUUAGAGCACAGACAGAGUAGGUUUAGCAUAAUUCCUAAGGGCCCUAGGAUUUGCAGAAUGAUAGAUGAGCAUUGUCUUCAACUGCGUUAUUCCCUAGUGAGAGUCAGUCCUUUACAGCUUUGAAGCCAGGCAUUGACUCCUCCUCUCUAGCUAUGCAAGUCCCAGAUGGCAUCUUCUUCCAAUAUAAGGCUGUUCUGUCUACACUGAAAAGUCUCGUUCAGUGUAGCCACCCUUAUUGUCUUAGCUAGACUUCUGGAUAACUUGCUGCAGCUUCUGUGUCAGCGGUUGCUGCUUCCCCUUGCCCUCUUACGGAGAUGGCUACUUGCCUUAAACCUCAUGAACCAAGCUCUGCUAAAUUCAGACUUUUAUUUGGCUUUCUCACCUCUCUCAAUCUUCAUAGAAUUGAAGAGAGCCUUGCUCUGGAUUAGGCUUUGGUUUGAGGAAAUGUGGCUGGUUUGAUCUUUUAUCAAGACCACUAAACCAGUGAGACUGUUUCACUUCCUUAUUCAUUCAUUCAUUAGAAUAGCACUUUUAAUUUCCUUUAAGAACUUUUAUCUUUACAUUCACAACUUGGCUAACUGGUGCUAGAGGCCUAGCUUUCAUCCUCUUUUGGUUUUUGGCAUGCCAUCUUCAUUAAGCUUCAUCAUUUCUAGCUUUGAUUUAAAGUAUGACAUAUUGACCCUUCUUUUCACUUGGACACUUAGAGGCCAUCUUAGGCUUAUUUGUUGUGCUAAUUUCAAUAUUGUGUCUCAGAGAAUAGGGAGGCCCAAGGAGAAAGGAAAGAGAGAGAACAGCCAGUCAGUGAAGCAUUUAUUAGUUCAGUUAUUGAACUCAUUUAUCAGUUCAUGGUUUUAUGAACACGGUUUUGGUGCUCCAAAACAAGUACAAUAGAAACAGAUCAUUGAUCACAGAUUGCCAUAACAAAUAUAAUAAUAAUAAAGUCUGAAAUAUUUUGAGGCUUACCAAAAUGUGAUACAGAGACAGGAAGUGAGCACAUGCUUUUGGAAAAAUGGUGCUAAGAGACUUGCUUGAUGCACGUUUGCCACAAACCUUCAAUUUGUACAAAAGCCAUGUGUGAAGCAUGUUAAAGUGAAGCGCAAUAAAAGGGGGUCUGCCCAUACUAUUGAAUCUCUUGAAAUUAACUGAGGUCACCUGAAUUUAUCAGACUACUUCAGUGAUAAUUUAACAUUUAAUAAAAUAAUCUAUUUCCUAGGAACUAAUUAGGGUGACCAGCUGUUCCCAGCUUCCUCAGACUGGUUUCCUGAAACAUGGGAAAUGUUAAAACAGAAAGUUGUAGGCAAACUAGAAUGAGUUGGUCUCUCUAGGAUUAAUCUUAAUGGGGAAUCUUUCAGAAGUUUCCAGAUUCUGAUACUGCAUAUUUCUUUCAAACCUAGAAAUAAAUUUAAGGUAAAGGCAACAAAGGAAAUGGCUACAAAUCCAGUAUUUUAAUGUUUCUCAUCUUGACUGGUAAACCUAUAUAAUACUUUUCAUGUUAACCUGAAAAAAUGUGAAAUAAACUUGGUGGUUAUUUUUAAUACCAUAGUAAUUAUUAAUUUAAAUAAUUGAAAAUUUUAGCUCUUUUUAAAAUAACAGGAAGUACAAUAGGAUUAGGUUAACCUGCUGAUCUAAAUAAAAUCUAAAUUUGGGGACUUCCCUGGUGGCACAGUGGUUAAAACUCCGUGCUGUCAAUGCACGGGGCCCGGGUUCCACCUCUGGUCGGGUUAACUAGAUCCCACAUGCAUGCUGCAACUGAGGAGUACACCUGCUGCAACUAAGACCUAGUGCAACCAAAUAAAUAAUUAAAUAUUAAAACAUAAUAAUAAGAAAUUUGGGGGUGUUAGUUCUAAGCAUUUCCAAAUUAACCUAGUAUUCUAAUGAUACCUGCCAAUAGCUUCAGAAUUUUAUUAGGAAAUAAUAUAAACAUUUAUCUUGUGCAACUGCAAAAUCUGAAAAAUAUCAAAUUACCAAAAAAACACAUGGUAUAAUGUUUAGUAUUAAAAUAUUUAAUGAUGUAAAGUUGCCUGAAUUUUCUACAGAACAAAUCAGUAUUCAGUAGACAAAGCAACACAUUUUGUUGAAAGCUGUUUUAGGCCUCAAUUGAGUAAUAAAGAAUAUGUAAAAAGAAACUUAAAUACUAUCUUCGUUCAGUUGGCAUAAGCUUUUGGAGGCUGAGAGUCUCCUUUGAGAGUAUGAAAGAUAUGGACUCUCUCCAGCAAAAGGCAUGUACACCAAGUUUUUCACUUAAAAUUUAAGGUAGUUCACAGACUUGGAGCCUGCCUAUGUACUUCAGCUUAAGAAGGCCUGAUUUGGUUCAAUCACUGAAAAUACAGUAUAUUUAUAUAAUUUUCUCAUUUUCCACUUUAAUACUUUGGAAAAUUAGACCCCAUCCUCAAAUUUACUGCUUUGUGGUUAUAACUGUUAAAUCUGUAAGAUACUAUGCAUCUUGGGUGUCUCAAAAAGAAUGGUAACCAGCUCUUUUUUUUUUUUUUUAAUUUUUUGGUCAUGCCAGGUGGCGUGUGGGAUCUUAGUUCCCCGACCAGGGAUUGAACCCAUGCUCCCUGCAGUGGAAGCGUGGAUUCUUAACCACUGAACCGCCAGGGACAUGCUCCUAUUAUGUUAGCAACUCUUCUAUACUUUGUGCUGCUGAGGAGUGCCUUCAGUUCUUUGGUUUGUAGCCACCUGUAGCUUCCACUGCUUCUUAUAAACUGACAAGAGGCUCUAGCAUUUUAGUUCCCAUUCUGUUCAAUUGGGCUUUACCAUAGCUGCUACUGGCAUUGCAAUGACGCAAAGGAAAUCUCCACUCCUACUGCCAGUCCCUUACAAAAAGGCAGAAAAGUGUCCUAAUUCAUCCCUUUUCAUUCCACACCAAGGCCCUCUAAUCUUGAUUUUGUUGAAUUUUCACCUCCAGAAUCCUAACAUUUCUAUCACCAGCAACUGUGAUGAAAUACCCUUAAAAGUCUUGGAUUGUAAAUUUCAUUUCAGUCUUUUGCAUAAGCAGAGACCCAUUGGUAGCAUCCUUUUAAAACUUAACAGUUAUUACUUGGAAUGCACAGUACAGUGUGGGAUAUAAUGGUUACUAAGACCCAAUGCCUAUACUCCAAGUCUAGUGGGCAAGCCAGAUGUGUGCACAAAUGGGAAGGACAGAGCAGAAAUAUGGAACCAAACUCUUCUUUUUUUAAUAAAUUUAUUUAUUUAUUGGCUGCAUUGGGUCUUUGUUGCUACACAUGGCCUUUCUCUAGUGGCGAGCAGGGGCUACUCUUCUUUUUUUUUUUUUUUUUUUGGCUCUUUAUUGGAAUAUAAUUGCUUUACACUCUUGUACCAGUUUUUGAGGUACACCAAAGUCAAUCAGCUGUAUUUAUACACAUAUCCCCAUAUUCCCUCCCUCCCACGACUCCCCCACCCCACCCCACCUGGGGCUACUCUUCAUUGUGGUGCACAGGCUCCUCAUUGCAGUGGCUUCUCUUGUUGCAGAGCACAGGCUCUAGGUGCAUGGGCUUCAGUAGUUGCAGCACAUGGGCUCAGCAGUUGUGGCACACAGACUUAGUUGCUUCGCAGCAUGUGGUAUCUUCCUGGGGCAGGGAUCGGACCCAUGUCCCCUGCAUGGUCAGGUGGAUUCUUAACCACUGCGCCACCUAGGAAGUCCCAGAACCAACCUCUUCUUUAGGUUCUAAAUUAGAAUCUCUUUUAAAUGUAUAAAAGCUAUGCAUUAGUUGGUCCUGGUGGAGGAAAACUUCUUAAAUUGCAUUUGAGAAGUAGAAUUAGGAUUUGUCUUCCCUUGACCUAGAAAUUUGGUUAAGACAGAUGGUAAGCAGAAUAAUGGCCUGUCGAAAAAGUCCGCAUCCUAAUUCCCAGAGCCUGUGAAUACACAUCUUACAUGGCAAAAGGGACUCUGCAGAUGUAAUUCAAGUUAAGGACCUUGAGAUGGGGAAAUUAUCCUGGAUUAUCCAAGUGGGCUCAAUCUAUGAGUCCCUAAAAGUGGAAGGGAAGGGGCAGAAGAGUUGGGUCAGGGAAAUAAGACUGAAGAAGAGGCAGAAGAAGCAGGAAAAGGGCUCAAUUCAUUAUUGCUGGCUUUGAAGAUGGAGGGAGGAGGACAUAAAGGCAGUUGGUCACUAGAAGCUGGGAACAGCCCUUGGCUGACAACCAUCAAGGAAACAGUGCUCAGUCCUACAACUGCAAGGAACUGAAUUGUGCCAACAACCCAAUGAGCAAGGAAACAAAUCCCUGUCAACAUUAAUUUUAGCCUGGUGGGAUGCAUGCCAAAACCACAACCUACAGAACUGUUUGGUAAUAAAUUAGUGGUGUUUAAGCCUCUAUAUUUAUGGUAGUUUGUUAUGAUGGAGAGAAAAAAGGGUGGGAAGGUGAAGGAGGAAGAAAAGUAACUUUUAUCAAAGUUCAGAUUUCUUAGAAAAUCUUAAAAUUCUCUGUGCAUGCUUUAGGGAUAUAAGAAUAGGAGGAGAGGGGGAAAAAAAACAAAAAAAACCCCUGUAUUCUGAAGUGGGCCUGGGGAAAAAGAGUAUUUGGCUGGAAACUGAUAGCAGCAGAAAAAAGGAGGCAGGUGACCAAAGAAUGAGAAGGUUGUUCAUGUGAGGCUAUUGCUUUCUACUCACUCUCAGAAUAGGCUUUGUCCAUCACAUACUCUUCCUAAUGCCAAAAACAGGGAAGUAGAGGAAAAGGAUUGGAAAGGAAAAUCCCCACUCUUACAGCUUAUCAAAUUCAUUAUAGAGAGAUUAUUCUUGUUAAGGCCUCCUUCCUGGAAUUAUAUGUCACCUGGCUAAAAAGACCUUAUGUUUACAGGGGGGAAAAAAAAGCUAUUCAAUGAAACCCUGAAGAACAGCUACGCUAUUUUAUUCAACUCUCGGCCUCAAGAGAUUCUCUAUAGCAACACAGGGUGUCCUUUGCUUAGUUACAGAUAACACAAAGUAUUGAACAAAAGUCAAAUUGAGGAAGGAAAGGUUAGGGGCCAAAGCCUGCGUGCUUAUUUCCUUUUAUAUCCUAAAGUCAAUGUAAGCUCUGCUUUGUGAAAAAGACCAGUUGCUUCUUAGAAAACAAACACCCUAUUUUAGAGGACACAUGGUCAUCCAAUUUAAAGAUUGUAUUUCCUAGCUUCAUUUGCAGUUAGAUGUAGCCAUGUGAUUAGAUUCUACCUGGAGGGAGACAUGAAAGUUGAAAUAAUGUGUGUGACUUUGUAGACAGUUCCUAUCCUUUCUGCUUGGCUACAAUUUAGAAAAAAUGGCUUGAGCAACAAUUGCUGUCUUGGACCAUGUGGUGAUUUUCAGUGUAAACUAUACAAAUGCUAAAACAAGAUAGAAGAAACUUGAGUUUCUAAUACUGAACACUGAGUACCCGUGUGGAACAUCUACAAGCUCUAUAACUGAAUACCUCUGGACUAAUUGAAUAUGAGUGAGAAAUACAUUUCUUUGUUUUUUGCCUCUCUUAUUUUGAAUUUUCUUGUUUCCUAUAGUUAAGCCUUGUUUCCUAUAGUUUCCUACAGUUAAGCCUAAACAUAGUGCUGUCUUACCUUAUUCCAAUUACCUGCACAGAUAAAUGAGAAUGAAUCAGGAAUUGGCCAUAAACUUACAUUUUUCUAUUGUCUACGUAAAUACACCUAAUGCUUCUUAAUGGACUAUGACUAUAAAACAAUAUU